AUGGCGCAUCGUGACCCAGCCGUUCUGCUAGAAACCACUCCAGAGGGGAACACCUGCCUCCACAUCGCCUCCAUGGAAGGCCACCGGCAGUUCUGUGAGACUGUUCUGUCCAUCAACGGGUCUCUCCUCGCCGCCGUGAACAAGGAUGGGGAGACGCCGCUGCUCGCCGCCGUGCGAAACGGCCAUGACUCUUUGGCUUCUUAUUUGCUCCGGUGGUGCCGCUAUCUCCAGUUGAGCGGCGCAGUGUUGAAGCAAGACAAGGAUGGGUGGAGCGCACUGCACCAUGCCAUCCGCGGCGGACACGCGAAGCUCGCGCUGGAACUGAUGGAAGCGGAGCCUGCAUUAUCGCAAGCUGUAAACAAAGACAACGAGUCGCCGAUGUUUAUCGCCGUGAAGAAUGAUUGUGUAGAGGUGUUUGAGAAAUUGGCAAAAACCUCUAAUAAGUAUUUUAAUAAGAGGGGAGGAUAUGGCCACAACGCUCUGCAUGCUAGCGUGAGCGUGAGAAAAGCCAAUUCAGUUUAA